CUAUGUUAUGAAGAUAAUAAUUCCGGCCCUAACCGUAGUAUGCUUGCGAGAAUCCAACAAUAUGAUGUUUCUGAAAGCGCCGGCUGAACUAAGAGCGCGUGAAAUAGAAUGACAGACAGCUCUGCAAGAACGGAGGCUAUUUUGUACCCAGCUUUAAAAAAAAUGGAACCUUUUUCCUGUGACACUUUCGUGGCAUUACCUCCAGCAACAGUCGAUAACAGGAUUAUUUUUGGAAAAAAUUCAGAUAGACUCUAUGAUGAAGUACAAGAGGUGGUUUAUUUUCCUGCUGUAGUUCAUGAUAACCUGGGAGAACGUCUUAAGUGUACAUAUAUAGAAAUUGAUCAAGUUCCUGAAACAUAUGCUGUUGUCCUGAGUCGCCCAGCGUGGUUGUGGGGGGCAGAAAUGGGAGCCAAUGAGCAUGGAGUUUGCAUUGGGAAUGAAGCUGUAUGGGGAAGAGAAGAAGUUUGUGAUGAAGAAGCACUAUUAGGAAUGGACCUUGUCAGACUUGGCCUUGAAAGAGCUGAUACAGCUGAAAAAGCCCUCAAUGUCAUUGUUGACUUACUAGAAAAAUAUGGCCAGGGUGGAAAUUGCACAGAGGGUAGAAUGGUAUUUAGCUAUCACAACAGUUUCCUGAUAGCUGAUAGGAAUGAAGCCUGGAUUCUGGAGACUGCAGGGAAGUACUGGGCAGCAGAAAAAGUACAAGAGGGAGUUCGUAAUAUUUCUAAUCAACUUUCCAUAACAACCAAGAUUGCCCGGGAACACCCAGACAUGAGAAACUAUGCUAAGCGGAAAGGUUGGUGGGAUGGUAAAAAGGAGUUUGAUUUUGCUGCAGCAUAUUCCUAUCUUGACACAGCCAAGAUGAUGACUUCAUCAGGCAGAUACUGUGAGGGCUACAAGCUUCUAAAUAAGCACAAAGGAAAUAUAACUUUUGAAACAAUGAUGGAAAUUCUUCGAGAUAAACCAAGUGGCAUUAAUAUGGAGGGAGAAUUCCUGACCACUGCAAGCAUGGUUUCUAUUUUACCUCAAGACUCCAGCCUUCCUUGCAUUCACUUCUUUACAGGGACUCCUGAUCCUGAGAGAUCUGUUUUUAAGCCUUUCAUAUUUGUGCCACAUAUUUCACAACUAUUGGAUACCAGUUCACCAACAUUUGAACUUGAAGAUCUAGUUAAAAAGAAAUCACAUUUUAAGCCUGACAGAAGACACCCACUCUACCAAAAACAUCAACAGGCAUUGGAAGUAGUAAAUAAUAAUGAGGAAAAAGCCAAAAUAAUGUUGGACAACAUGAGGAAACUGGAGAAAGAACUAUUCAGAGAGAUGGAAUCAAUCCUUCAAAACAAGCAUCUUGAUGUGGAGAAAAUUGUUAAUCUCUUUCCUCAGUGCACAAAAGAUGAAAUUCAAAUUUAUCAGUCAAAUUUAUCAGUCAAAGUUAGUUCUUAGUGAUCAUAUGGUCAGCUAAUAUUAGUUCUUAGUGAUCAGUGGUCAGUAAUCUUCAAAGUCAGAAUCUAUCACCUUGGUAAAUUAUAUAAACCUAACUUGAGCAGAUCUGAUUAUUCUUGGAUAGUAUUCAAGUGGUAUCUUGACUAUUAAACUACGUAUAGUGUUGCUGAAAUAGAAAGAAAACAGCAUUGGAAUUGGAUUCGUGUAUCGUGGGAUACAGGUGUUAUUUCAGGUGAUGUACUUGCAUUAUUUUCUUUAGCCAUAGUAACUUUUCGUCACAAUAACUAAGUAUUCGAUUAUAUAUAAAGAAUGAAACAUGAAAAUGAUGCAUGGAUUAUAUUUAUUAUAAUUAUGUAGUACCCUCAAAUCAUUUUGUCAGUUACAUCAAGAAAGCAGAUUUUUCUUUAGUCAUGAAAAAUAUCUCAAGUGGUAAGUUGUUUGUGCUUUAGGCAAAUAUUAACCAGCUCUAACAAGAAAAAUGUCUAGAUUUACACAUUGUCAAUACAGUAUAUUAGUUCUGCAAAUGCACUUUUGUUAAACUCAAACAUGCUCUUUGUCAAGACUUGGCUAACCAGUGAGCUUGUAGCUCUGAUUAUCUAGCAUUUUUAGGGUCAUUCUCCUUAAUAGGCUUUUAUGUUAAUAAGAUAUAUUUUUAGAAGAGCUUGUUUGGGAGAUUAGAGAAUAAGAUAAAAGAACCAAAACCUUAGGAUAUACUAUUUCUGGGUCUGAAAUCUCUCUCAUUGUUUACUUCUGUUCACUCAGUGAAAACAGAAACAAGAAUGAGGUAGUGGCAAUGAAAUAGAAUUAUUAGUAUAUUAUGAACAUUAUAACAUUUUGAACACUAUAAUGCAUUAUAUAUUAUGAACUUUUAUGAACUUUAUACAUGAGUAAUAGCUUCCUAAAGUUUAUAAAACAUUGUUUAGGUUACAUAAAGAUUACCAAGUAAGACUCAAAAUUGCAAAUAUAAACAAAAGAAAAAUCCAACUGAAAAUAACACUAAGUAUUUUUGAGUUUCUAGAAUGUCCAUUUUGGUAUUUGGUUACAUUAUCAUAUUUACUAGUCACUAUCAGCACAAUUAGGUUAAUAAAGAAGUGGGUCAUUAUAUUCAAAGAGUGCUCAGGAAGUUAUGUGUUCAAAGUUCUCUCAUAAAUACCAUGGUCUGCCUGAUACUGCUCUUGUCUAAUAUAGGGUUGACAUUACAAAAGAAAAGAUGUCUGACUCAAGAACUCAGUUGAUUCUGUUUGCCUUAAGUUUGGUUCAGUGAUAGGCUGUCUUCUAACCCCUAUACUCCUCUUCUCUCCUUUAAUAGAUGAGGAAACUAAGGGCAAACAGUUCGUUACACUUACGGGAAUCUUAUUUCCCUCUCUAGGGGCAGCAUGUUUUCACCUUCUCCUUUGCUGCCACCUUGGCCUAAACUAGCACCAUCUUUUAGCUAGACCAUUGCGUUAACUGUUCUCCUACACCCAUUUUUGUUCUUUAUUUCCACCCACAUGAGUCACUGCAGCCAAUCUAUUGCAAAUUUAAAUCUGAUUAUGAAUUCCCCUCCUAAAACUCUUUUUUAAAAGAGACUUUAUUUUUUGGAGCAGUUUUAGGUUCACAGCAAAAUUGAACAGAAAGUACAGAGUUCCAAUAUAGCCCCUAUCAGCAUACAUGCAUAGCCUCCCCCACUAUCAACAUCCCAGCACCAGAAUGGUACAUUUGUUACAAUCAAUGGCCCUACAUUGACACAUUAUCACCCAAAGGCCAUGGUUCAAGUUAGAGAUCACUCUUGAUGUAGUACAUCCUAUGGGCUUUGAUAAUUAUAAAAUGACAUGUAUCCACCAUUAUAGUAUUAUACAGAGUAGUUUCACUGCCCUAAAAAUCUUCUGUGUUCUGCCUAUUUAUCCCACCCUCCCUCCAACCCCUGGCAACCACUGAUCUUUUUACUGUCUCCAUAGUUUUGCCUUUUCCAUAUGUCAUAUCAUUGGAAUCAUACACUAUGUGACCUCUUAAGAUUGUCUUCUUUAACUUACUUAGUAAUAUCCAUUUAAGGUUCCUGCAUGUCUUUUCAUGACUUGAUAGCUCAUUUCUUUUAGUGCUAAGUAAUAUUCGAUUGUCUGAAUAUACUACUACUGAAGGACAUCUUGGUUGCUUCCAAGUUUUGAAAAUUAUGAAUAAACCUGCCGUAGACAUCCA